ACACACACACACACACACAGAGCGAUCGGACGCGCGCAGGGCCCUCGGACCCGGGAUUCAGUCCGGUUUGUUUCCGCUCGUCAGAGUGACUUGGUAACUUUAACUGGAACUUCAGCGGAUCCUCGGUUCCGGUGUCGGAGGGAAACUCGGUGCGUGUGCGCGAGGACGCGCGGGGACGGGAAACUUUCUGCGCGCGCGCUCGGUGUGUUUGAGCCGCAUCUCUCCUCCGCUCUCACCUUCACACUCUGACUUACUGCGAAGGUAAACACACAUCCGAGAACAGUGUGUGUAUGUGUGUAUGUAUGUGUGUGUGUGUGUGGUCGGCGAUGGCGCAGGACCGUUAACACACUGACUGUGGCGGAAAUUUUAAAAAGACCAAACUCAAAAACAAACACAAACACACACUCCAGGAGUCUAGUCGGUGUGUGUGUGUUAAAGCGCGUGACUGAGUGUGUGUGAUUGAGUGUGUGAGUGUGUGUGAGCUGGACUGUUAUGGAGGCUCGGUUCGGUUUAACCGGAGUGUUUGAUUACCCGUUCCGCAUGGUGCGCCCUCAUGGCGCGCGGGACACCGGAGCUGCGGGAGACGUGCCGCUGGCGGAGGUGUGGGACGGGGAGUGGAGAGACGCGCACGGGGUCAGCGGCACCGGAGGAGGAGGAGGAGGGGGGACAGCGCGCUCCGCUAGAGGGAGAGAGACCGGGGGUUACCCGGAGGCGCGCACCCUGAGCGAGCUGCUGUGCCAGGACACCGGGUACACCGCACCGAGAGCGCGCGCCAGCGGGGGCGACACGAGCGCCGUCCCGAGCUCUCGCUGCUGCAACGGUAACACCAGCACCACCGGCAGCACGAGCAUCUCGGAGACGGCGCGCGAGCUGUGCAAGGCCGUGUCCGUGUCCCUGGGACUCGCCCUGGACCCGCACGCGCAGCACGACGCCUCGCAGCGGAGCGCGGAGCUUUACGAAGCGCGGAGGAGAAAAGAGGAGGAAGAGGAGGAGGAGGAGGAAGAGGAGCGAGUGCACGCGCAAAGCACCGACACGAGCAGAAGGAGCGGAGGUGUCGGAGGAGGAGGUGUUGGAGGUGUUGGAGGAGGUGCUGGAGACGCCGCUGCAGCGGGACGUGAGAACACCAAACUGCUGGAGAUGUUUAAAAGCGGCGGUGAGCAGCAGCAGGAGGACGUGAUGAGGAUGAUGAUGAUGCAGAUGCAGGACGACACUCACGCACAUCACCAGGUGGAGAGCGGAGACUUCGGACAGGGACUGAUGGGGGUCAAGUGCGCGAGCGCGGCGGUGGGUUCGUCCUCUGCGUCCUGCCAGUUCCAACAACAACAACAACAACAACCACAUGACCCGCACAUGAGCUUCGAGCUCGCGCACGACCGGUACGGUGAUGACUACCGGUACUACUGGCCGCCGCGCUACGGCGGCGUGAGUGUGAAGUCCGAGGCCGCGCCGCCGCCGCCGGUCACGCGCUACGGACACGCGCAGUACGGCAGCCCCGCGUGCACCUCCGUCUCCGCCGGCCCGGGACUGGACGCUCCGCUCAUCUGCAGCCCGUACGAGUACGACUACAGCGCGCGCAGCGGACCGGCACCGGCUCUCAGCGCCGCGCACGAGCCCUGGUACCACCAGCCCGGCACCGUGCUGCAGCGCGUGCCCUACCCGAGCGCCACGUGCAUGAAGAACGAGGUCGGAGAGUGGCUGGAUGUGAGCAGCAUGCAGGACGGCAGGUUGGAGGGUGCCAGGGAGGUGUUCCCCAUGGAGUUUUUCUUCCCUCCGCAGCGCACCUGUCUGAUCUGCUCUGACGAAGCGUCCGGGUGCCAUUACGGAGCGCUGACCUGCGGCAGCUGCAAAGUGUUUUUCAAAAGAGCAGCGGAAGGGAAGCAGAAGUAUCUGUGUGCGAGCAGGAACGACUGCACCAUCGAUAAGCUGAGGAGGAAGAACUGUCCGUCUUGUCGGCUGAAGAAGUGCUUCGAGGCGGGGAUGACUCUGGGAGCUCGUAAACUGAAGAAGAUCGGUCAGCUGAAGGCUCCUGAGGAGGAGGGCUUGGCUUCAGCUAUGCCAUCCGGUUCUGGUUCUGUGGAGCUGAUCCGGAAUCCUUCCCCCAAGUCUGGUGUGAAUUUCCACUCGCAGCUCGUCUUUCUCAGCAUCCUGGAGUCCAUCGAGCCUGAAGUGGUGAAUGCCGGGCAUGACCACGCGCAGCCCGACUCAGCCGCCGCCCUUCUGACCAGCCUUAACGAGCUUGGAGAGAGGCAACUGGUUAAGGUGGUUAAAUGGGCCAAAGGAUUGCCAGGAUUCCGUAACCUGCACGUGGACGAUCAGAUGACGAUGAUCCAACACGCCUGGAUGGCUGUCAUGGUCUUCGCUCUUGGAUGGAGAUCGUACAAAAACGUCAACGCUCGCAUGCUCUACUUCGCUCCUGACCUGGUCUUCAAUGAUCGGAGGAUGCACAUCUCCAGUAUGUAUGAGCACUGUUUGCAGAUGAAACACCUGUCGCAGGAGUUCGUUUUGCUGCAGGUCACACAGGAGGAGUUUCUCUGCAUGAAGGCCCUCCUCCUCUUUAGCAUCAUUCCUGUGGAGGGACUGAAGAGUCAGAAAUACUUUGAUGAGUUGAGGAUGUCGUACAUAAACGAACUCGAUCGUCUGAUUAAUUACGGCAGGAAAAGCAACUGUUCUCAGCGCUUCUACCAACUGACCCGACUGAUGGACUCACUGCAGCCGAUUGUCCGGAAGCUUCACCAGUUCACCUUUGACCUUUUCGUUCAGGCUCAGUCGCUGCCCACGAAGGUCAGUUUCCCGGAGAUGAUCGCAGAGAUCAUCUCAGUCCAGGUACCAAAGAUCCUCGCCGGCCUGGCCAAGCCCAUCCUGUUCCACAAGGCUAUGACCAUGCACCCUCUGGCGCCCAGGAUGGCCACGCCCACCAGCCAGCCAAACCUGGCCUAACCUGAUUUUAUCCGGUCUGAACCGGUUUCUCAAACUUCAUGCCUUUUUUUUUUUAAGUUUCAGCAGGGAGACUUCAGCAUCCUCGUUUUUACUCUCUCUCUCUCUCUCUCUCUCUCUUUCUCACUCUGUCCUUUUCUUCCUUCUUCAGAAAGUGUCUGUAAAAUCUGCAGAGGACCAUUACAUCAUUACGCUGGUCUAUCUUCUGCUCAAAGAUAAUUUCAGAUCAUUUUCUCACACUGGCAGUGUCGUCUCUAUCUCUCUCUCCUUAUCUCUCUCUCUCUAUUUUUUACUUUCUCUCUCAGUCUCUCUCUCGCUCUCUCUCUUUUUUCUCCAGCAUUUAUUCCUGAAGAGUCUGGAGAGCUACGCUGUGUUACCUGAUGGACAGGUUUAUAAAAAAAAAAAAAAAGACGUAGAAGAAGAGAAAAAGGUGGGGAAAAAAGCUUUUUUCGUUUAAUCUGAGCCCUGAAAAAGACAAAGUGUGCACUAGGAAGUUUCCUGAAGAGAAGCUCUGGUCUGUUUACUUCAUAUAUGACUCUAUGCAUUUAUAGGGGAGAAAAAAAUGAAAUAAUAAUUAAAAACAUUUUUGAAAAAAAAUGAUUUCUAAAAUAAAAACUGCCGUACGCUCGCACCUUUUAGAAAAUCCAGCGCUGCUUUUUUCCCCUGCCAGUUAAUAACGUACCAAAAACUACGACAAUCGAAACGUGCUCGUUAUCCGUGCCUCGAGCUUCUCUUUACCGACGAGACGAGCCGGCCAAAAGAACGUCUCCAUCUCAGAACCUUCUCGGCGUAAAGAACCACAUGACCUUCCCUUUAGCACGAACACACACCGUCAGUGACGACGUAGACGACAAUGCUAAGGUAGCUAACACAAAACCAACAGUUUAGCAUCUUGUUAACUUCACGCUCUGACGGGUUCUUCACCGUGGUUCUUGUUCCUCAAAUGUGAAGCCAUUCAAGAGCUAAGAACCAUCAAUCAAGCCUUUUUACUUCUUUGGGCUUGUACAAAAUUUACUAUGUUUUUUGGUCGUCCCACUGGAGGAACCCUUUAAGGUUUGGUACUGGUCAACAACCCAUUGAGAUCUAAUGGAAUCCUUGUGAGAACGUUCUACAAAGAACAGGAAUUUUCAAAAUGAUUUCUGAUAAGGAACCACUGCUGUAGGGUUCUAAACCAAAAGACAGCCAAAGAACGAUUUAGAAAGCUAGAGUUCUUUAAGAGUCCUGCAAGAAUCACUUAAAUAUUCAGCAGUUCUAAGAGGGUUCUACUUUCAGCUCCAAACCAAGGAGCUGAAGAACCUUCACUGGUUCUCCAAGGGUUUGCUGCAGAAUUAUGGGUUCUUCAUAGCUUUGAACAUAACGAACCUUGCUGAUGGGUAACCCAUGUUUUACAAGGUUCCACCAUUUCCCAUUCGACAGGGACGGCCUGAGGGUUCUAAAUGUCUUGUCAGUGUACUUUUGUGGUGAAAAGAAAUGACGUGUGCAGUUUUUUUUUGUUUUGUUGGGUGGGGUUAGCAUAAAAAAGCUAAACAAUAUCCUAGCUCCACCCCUGUUAAGAGUCUGAUGAUGUGAGUGAACGGGUUCUUUUUUCAAUUUUUUUACUGUGCGAGGGUAAAAAAAAAUCAUUUUGCCUUUUAGAUGCUAGAUCACACAAACACACACACACACACAUACACACACACGUGUAUAGUUUUGACUCGUUGCUGCUUCUGAAAAAACAAACACUAAGAAGAAAUAAAGUCUCUGCAUGCUGACUUUAGCACUUCCACCUGAAUGUUCUGGUUUUUAUGAUUAACUUUAUUAAAGUUGUUUAAUUAAUUAUUUUUUUCUGAAAUUUUGUAGCAAGUUUAAAUUGAAAAAGACAAAAAUUCAACAAACAGAAGCCUUUGCACUUGGAUGCAACUCUUCCAGCUCACUGCUUCAGCCUUUAGCGUAGCGCUGGUGUGAGACACGAUGCGGUCAUCUCCUCAUGAGCAAUAAGCCAUUGCUAACACACACACACACACACACACACAUACACACAUACACACACGCCUUGACGUUGCUAAGACGUUAGCACAGGUUUGUCUCCUGACUAUUUUUUUCACCUCCAUGCUUCCCUUUCCUUUGCUUUGCAGCGGUACCUCUGCAUGCCAUCGCCCCGCCUCGAGGAUUUUUGCCCUCAGAACUUAAAUUUCGUAAGAAAUGUGUCUCUGCAUACGAAGCAUCCAUAGCAUACGAAUGAGUGAACGAACCGAACGCCAGCUAAGCUGUACGUACGUACGUCCGGGAGCUGGUCGAAACUUGUUUAUGUCAGUGGAAAGCUAAGGAAAGAGAGUUUACGCUUUUUUUGUUUGAGAUUUAGUGAAGGCGCAGCACCAUGGGGUCACGAGAAUGUUAUCAAGGACGGUAGCAAGAAGAGAAGGGAGCCGUUUUCAGUUUGAAAAACAAUUUGAAGAGAAAUUAUAAAAUAAGAUUAAGUGAGGAUUAAUGUUCAUAUUUCAAAUUUCAUAUUUUAUUUCAUGUGCAUGUCUUUUCUAAAUGUUUUGAUUGUUUUUAUAUACAAACAUGUGGUUGUAGAGUUGGAAAUUGGUAAUAUUGGUAAUAUUUUUGGGUGACUGGAACGGAUUAUCUGCAUUUACAUUAUUUCCUAUGAGACAACGUGUUUCACAAUACGACAUUUCACCUUAAACCUUAAACAGCGGUGCCGCUGUACUUCUAUUGGUAUAGACAUUUUUUCUCACGUCCCCUCUUUUUCCUUCUUUCUCUCUCUUUUCCUCUUUCUGUUCUUCCUUUUCUCCUUGUUCAACCUUUCCGACUUUCCUUGUUUUCUCUACUUGUUUUCAACUUUUACUUCUGUUUCCUCACCAGACAGUCUGCAUGAUUUAAUUUCUUCUCCUAUCCAGUCAUUUUACUCUCUCUCUCUCUCUCUCUCUCUCUGAGACAAACCUUUGCAGUUUCUCCUCUUCGCUUUAUCCACAGGCUCGAGCUUCAUAUCUUCAAUUAAAUCAUCUCCACUGUGUGUGUGUGUGUGUGUGUAUGUCAGGAGGCAGGUUCCUACGCGUCUGCGCGCCUGCUAAUAGCCGAGGCCGGUGCGCGCGCUCCCCCGUGUCUGAAUAAUCUCGCGCCGCUUUGGUAUGCAGAUUGCUUUUUAAGGAGCUCGAGAGCGUCGGAUCUGUCGUUCUCUCGUUCUCGCGAGCCCCGGCCGGGUUUCAGGCUCCACCGUGGAGGGAUGUUGUGUUUUUUUUUCUUUUCUCUCCCCUGCAGUUUUCUCUUCUCUGUCGAGGCGAAUGUGCCGUGAGGAGAAAACGAGGCUGUCAGGGACGAGACAGCGCAAAAAAUACACUCGCACAGGUGUUUACCACGAAAGUGCUCAUUACAAUCCUAAACUCGGGGAAAGAAAGUAGUCCUCACUCUCUCACACACACACACACACACACACACAUACCUGAGCACAAUGAAUCUAUAAACGCUUGAUCAUAAUUAAUCUUGUGGCCUACAUCGAGGGGAUUUUCCUACUGAGCAUGAUUUAGCCUUUAGCUUGUUCCACAGACACGCACGCACACACACGCGCGCGCGCUCAGAACAACGCCUGAUUGUCUCUCAGCUCAUUAAGUCAUAAACUCGCCGACGCUUUGAUGGUAAUUAUCCAUAGCGCACAUAGAGGGCUGUUUCAUAUUUGAUCACAGCGUGAAGUUCAUUUUGUUCUGCAUUUUGAUUUUUUGUUUUUUUAUUAAUAUACGUAUAAUCUAUACAUAAUUAAUGUGCUGCUAGUGGCAUGUUGUUUAAAAUAAAAAAGGAAAAAAAAAAAGACUUUUUUCUGUGAUUUAUUUGAGAACGCACCUUUGGACUGCGUUGCUUUUCUGAAACACUUCGCCGAUAUAAAGCGCUUUUUCUAUUUUUUACUAUUAGAGUCGAAGCUUUAAAGGUGCAGUUUGUAGUUUUUUAACUUUUUAAACUUUCAUAAAUCUUUAGUUGUUUUUUUUAGGCAGCAUUAAAUAUAAAAUUUACGCAAUAUGCAAUUUAUUUAGCGGUGCGAUCACUGGAUGUCAAGUUCUUAGUUAUUUUUAUUUUUUUUUCUGUUUGUUUUCUUGGUUGUUUUUUAAGGCUACAAACUGUUAAAAGAGUUGCAUGUAAAUUUGUAAAUUGCAAGCUGAAAAAAUUUGUUAAAAAAAGGCAAAACAAACAAAAAAAAAACGUUCAGAGAUUGAAAAGUUAACAUGAUGAAAUUUUACAAUGAUUAUUGUGUUUACAAACCUUUGUUGUUAUUGUUGAUUUUGACGGGAAAUAAAUUUGAAAUGACAAUAAAAGUAGCCAAUGACGUUUUUUUAGUUCUUCUCAAAAAAUUUCCUACAACUUUGAGACUUGUUUUAAAAUUACAAACUGCUCCUUCAAGAUAAAGCUAGCUCGCAAAUUUAUGCUAAUACACGUCGCAUUUUAGCUGAACACUGUAAACAGACUUUACACAUAAGACUUUUUAGCUACCGUCUUUCCGUCUUUAAUGAAGUGCUUACGUAGCUAGUGGUGUUUACGCUUAUGUAAUGCCUAAGAAGUGCUUAUGUAGUGCCUAUGUAGUGAUCACGUAGUGCUCGUGUAGUGCCUAUGUAGUGCUUAUGUAGUAAAAACGCUUUGCUUUUGUACUUUUGCUACUCAAUUCGAUGCCUUAAGAUGAAGUUUGUUUUUUUUUACGUUAGCCGACGUGAAGCUAGAGCGGUGGCUUCAUGUCGCUGGCGGUUAACCGCGCGGAUCGCGAGGCGGCCAAGCACCAAAAAGUGGUUUUAAUUGUUUUCAUCUUGUAGCAUGCACGCUUUGUUUAAUGCAAGCCAAAGUUAAAAAUCAGUCAAGAAAUAAAGCAAUAAGGAAAAAAAGACAAAAAAUACAAAAAUCUUUUAAAUUGUAGAUUAGGACACGUUUCAAACUUUCCGCUUGACUAUUAGGUCAAACAACAGGCUCCUGUAACAUACACUGAUCAACAAUCCACAUCAAACCCGUUUUCAUAAACAAUUAGGGGAUAGAGGUUUUUUUUCUAUUAUUCUUUUACUAGUUUUUGUUGAACUGCUGUCCUUUAUAUGACAAAAAUUUAGCAACGUUCCUCAAGUAAUAAGUACAUUUUUCUUUGAUUUUAAUACUGUUGAACUGCAAAUUGUGGUUUUAAAGGUUUCAAAGAAAUUGGUGUAAAAUGAAAAAAAAAGCCAUGUGUGUUUUUUCCCUUUAAUUUCUUUCGUUUUUUUGUUGUUGAUGUAAAUCCUUUGUGAACUGUACAUGUAACCCCUCCUGCUCUUGGCUGGUAAAAGUAUUCGUACAAGUAUUCCUGGGCUUUCUCAAAAAAAAAUAUAUAUACAUAUACUUACGUUUUUUGUUUGUUUAUUGCCUUUUUCUGUCUUUGCUUUAAAUAUUCUUCAAGUUUUUGUUACUUAAAACUUUGUAAGUUUAUAGCUGUUUUUUACAGAGUGUUCGACUUUAUUAUUAUUAUUGUUGUUGUUGAUGAUGUUGUUGUUGUUGUUGUUCCGAUGAUAUUAUAUCAAAUUCUGGCCCCAGCAUUCAUAUUUGCAAACUGAUGAUCCAUUUUAUCGAGCAGGUGUGUGAAAUGGACACGAGCCUCACAAAGCUUUAAAGGAUUUUUACGUGCAGCUUCCUGUAAAUCUGUUUCUUUGCAUCCUAAUAAAUGAAAAAAAA